CGUCACGUCAACGUGAAUUUGACAUUUUGUCAUAACCUCUAAAAAGUACCUCUUUAUUGUUAUUGUUGUGUUUUUCUAAAAAUAAUAAUCAAAAUGAGUGAAGAAACAGUUGAUAAUAAUCCUAAUAAGAAGAGAAUAAGAAAGAAACGUAAAAAUUUCCUAGCCAAUGCUAAGAAAUACGCAAAAAAGGGACAAAUGGGCCGCGGGACCAGGAUGUCGGAGGAACUGUAUCAAUACUUCGUCGGUAUAUUAGAAGUGAUGAAACAGGGCAGUGAGGAUUACGAGGAAAGAGCAUCUCUAGUAAACAAUGUCCUAGAACGUACCAAAGGGGAAGAAUUAAACAUAGUCGGCAACCAGCUCGGUUGUAGAGUGGUUGAAAUACUCCUACCAUACUCCUCUGCAGAAGAUCUGGAACGGUUCAUUGAAAUACUAUCACCGGAACUCCGUAGAUUAUGUUCUGACAAUUUCUCAAGUCAUGUCAUCGAGACAAUGCUCCGAGUGUCCUGUGGCCGUGCAACUGAACAUUUACAAAUGAACGAAACUGAAGAAGAACCGAAGAAGAAGAAGAAGAAAACAGAAUCUAAGUACAGCGAAGAACACAUAAAGAAUUGUUACGAAUUCACAUUAAAAAUAUGUAAAUACGCACUCAAUAAUCUCGAGGACUUUGUAUGGGAUUCAUACGCUAAUCAUAUACUGAGAAGUGCUUUGAAAUGUUUAAGUGGAAUUACACUUUUACCAGGAGAGAAGCCGAAAGUUAACCUUUUUAGAGAGACCGUCCAAACUGACAAGGGUAUUCCUCCACAUCAAACAGAAAUGCAGUAUAAGAACGUGCCAGAUGAGUUUAAAGAUUUAGUCAGAGAAUUCGCCAGCAGGCUCUCAGCUUGGCCUCAGUUUAAAGAUCUACCGUACCAGAACUUAACAUCUGCGUUAUUGCAAGUGUUGUUAUAUUCUAUUAAGAAUGUAGAUAAAAGCCUUACAAAGGAGUUGCUAAAGAAGUUAUUGAAUGAAAGCUUCGCUCCCGAAGACUGGGUGACAUCUGGUGCUGAUGAAGAGAAGGAGGAAGAGAAAGUUGACGAUAAAGAAGAAGUAAAAACGAAUGGUGUUACAACUGGAAGUUUGCCACCAGUAUUUGAGAAUCAAUCUGCUGUGAGGUUAUUAGAAGCAGCAUUAUUUGUAGCUAAGAAAAAGAUGUACACGCAAAUAUAUGCUCGUUGCUUCAUCAACAGACUGGGCCAACUUUCCACAGUUCCAAUGCUCAACUUCACUGUCCAACGGCUCAUAGACAACUGUCAGAUAAAAGAAGAGUUGGAGCCAAUGUUCGACGAGCUGUCGAGCAAGUUCGACGCGAUACUGGCGAGCGGCAACACGGGCGUACUCGUCGCGCUCGCGAAGGCUUGCCUCAGGAUCAAAGCUAAACAGAUACAGUUCAUCAACAGCCUAGAGUCAGUACUGAUUGCUAAGGAGGAGCAUCAGAGGUACUUCGCGGUGCUGUGCCUGCGGUUGCUGCCAGCUGACCGCGUGCAGCUGGACAACUUGGACAAAGAGUACUUCAUCAACGUUCAUGGCUCCGUCAUACUGCAGUGUAUACUCGAGUACCAGCGACCCGCAAAAGCGGUAACGAGCCUCCUAGAGCUGACCCCCGAGGAGUUGCUGGUCAUCUUCACGGACGCGAAGGGUUGCCACGUGGCCGACGCCUUCUGCAAGAGCCAGUGUGUUGGAGUGAAGUCCAGGGAUAAACUUGUGUGGAAACUAAAGGGAUUCUACCAAAAGCUGGCCCUAUCUCAGUACGGUUCGCGCGCGUUCGAGCAAAUCUACGGCGCGGCGUCCAACGAGCAGAGGAUCAAAAUAAUGCUCGAGAUAUCGGACAAGAGCAGCCUGCUGAACGGCUCGCAGUACGGACGCUUGCUCGCCAACAAGCUAGGCGUCGACACGUUCAAACUGUCCCAGAAGAAGUGGGAGCAAGCGCAUUUGAAGACUGAUAAUAAAUGUUUGUAAUUGUU